AUGACUGUUCGGCUCAAUGACCAGAUAUUCAAAAGAGACACACACCGUGGACCCCCAAUCCGCUUCCCACGAUACAACGAAGAAGUUCUGGAAACAGCUAUGAAUAACCAAUCCUGGAGGUUGCUAGAAGACGUCACAAAGGAUUAUGAGAUGCUUAAUAGCAACCUCCUUCGCUGUGCGGAAGCUGCUACGGAGAACCAAGUGGCGAGGACGGAAAGAUUGAAUGCGAAGGCCAAGGAUCUCCUCCGACGCAGAGGAGAACUCAGAAGAGAUCCUACAGUCACGCAUCUGGAGAAGUCGAUUGUCAAUAAGGCAUGUCGUUUAGCUGUCAAAGAAUCUCUAAAGGAAUACCGGAAACAAAAGCUGAUGACAGCAGCAAUGCAGAGGAAGAGCUUGAAAUGCUGCCGAAAAGAUUUGGUGGACUAUCGCACUGAAACGACAUGCCUCAAGGACAAUCAAGGACGGCCAACGACUUCGAGACAAGGCAUCGAGAGCAUUGUAAUGGACUUUUAUACAAAGCUAUACCGGUCAACGACAGUUGUUCCAAGGUCGCCGUGCCCUGCAAAUGACGAGAUUCCACCAAUUCUAAUCUCUGAAGUGAGGAACGUGAUCGAGUCAUUAAAAUUUCAAAAGGCACCUGGACCAGACGGUAUAUCAGCAGAGCUUUUGAAAGCAGGAGGAAUCACAAUGCAAAAGGUAUUAGCGGAACACUUCAAUCACUAUUUGAGAAAAGGUGAGAUACCGGAACAAUGGAAGUGUUCCAAGACGGUCUUGAUCUUCAAAAAAGGCGAUAAGGAGGACAUCGGAAACUAUAGACCUAUAGCUCUUCUCUCAAUCGUCUAUAAAGUCUUCACCAAGAUCAUACUGAAUCGUCUAGAAGAUACUCUGGACUCCUACCAGCCCCCUGAGCAGGCUGGAUUCAGGAAAGGCUUCUGCUGCCUGGACAUAUCCCAUAACGAAUCGUAG